AUGCCUUUCUCCAAGCUUGUCAAGAGCAACGCCUACUUCUCGAGGUACCAGGUCAAGUACAGGCGUCGCCGUGAGGGAAAGACCGACUACUAUGCCCGUAAGAGGUUGAUUACCCAGGCCAAGAACAAGUACAAUGCGCCCAAGUACCGUCUAGUCGUCCGCUUCACCAACAAGGACAUCAUCGCUCAGAUCGUCACCUCUGAGAUCGGCGGUGACAAGGUCUUCAUGGCUGCGUACGCCCACGAGCUCAAGCCCUACGGCAUCACCCACGGUCUGACCAACUGGUCUGCCGCUUACGCUACUGGUCUUCUGCUCGCCCGCCGUGUCCUCAAGAAGCUUGAGCUCGACGAGCACUUCACCGGUGUCGAGGAGGCCGAUGGUGAGUACAACAUCACCGAGGCCGUCGAGAUCGACGGUGAGGAGCGCCGCCCCUUCAAGGUCUUCCUUGAUGUCGGUCUUACCCGCACCUCCACCGGUGCCCGUGUCUUCGGUGCCAUGAAGGGUGCCUCCGACGGUGGUCUCUUCGUCCCCCACUCCGAGAACCGAUUCCCCGGUUACGAUAUGGAGGGCAAGGAGCUCGAUGCCGAGACCCUCCGCAAGUACAUCUUCGCCGGUCACGUCGCUGAGUACAUGGAGACCCUCGCCGAUGACGACGAGGAGCGCUACAAGUCCCAGUUCUCCGGCUACAUCGACGAUGACAUUGAGGCCGAUGGUCUUGAGGAGCUCUACGAGGAGGCCCACAAGCAGAUUCGUGAGGAUCCCUGGAAGAAGGAUGAGGAGGCUGGCGAGAAGAAGUCCAAGGACCACUGGAAGGCCGAGUCCAAGAAAUACCGCUUCAACAAGCUGUCCAAGGCCGAGAAGGAGGAGAAGGUCAAGGCUAAGAUCGCUGAGCUCAAGGCAUAAGCAUCUUCACAUCACUUCGCAUUUCAUGAACAAAAGCACGGCUUCCGGCGUCUGGAUAUGAAUGGGGAAUGAUACCUGUACUGGCAGGGCACUGUACUUAGCCUUUCACGACUCGAAUGAGAUGAUGAGACGGCAGGUGCAGUUGGCACCAUGCCCAACACAUUACGAUACCCUGAAUGAUCAAUUUUGUG